AUGUACUCUGUAAAUCCGACACCGUUUGCGCCGUACGUUCUUGAGAGGGCUGCGUUGCAACCAAUGCCGAUUAAUCUCUCCCGCUAUGAACAGAAACGUUGGGUAAUGUUCGACCAGUUUAUCAAACAUGAGCAAAGCUAUCUAAAAGUGAUGCUUACUUUGCAAUAUUCGAUCUACAAUCCGCUGUUACUGGAUCCGGAUAUUGUGCAGGCCGACGUAUUGUACGCUGUGUUCGGUACCCAUCAGCGCAUUUGCAAAUUACACCUAUUCAUACAACCGUUGCUGGAUGUGUGCGUAAGGGAAUGGGACGACGAACGUUUGACCGGUUGGUUGAUCUGGGCACUGUUAGAGCAACCGUCGCUCAUGCAGUUGUACAGUGUAUUCAUUACUCACUACAAGCGCACCAUAGAGCUCACCAAGGAGUACACUAAUAAUCAUUUCGCGUCAUUCAUCACGUCAAAUUUGCGACAGUUCGAUGCACGGCUCCACUUUGAGGAUUAUUAUUCAAUGACGAUGCAACGAAUACCACAGCUGGUGCUGGAAGUCAAGGAUUUGCGGAAGAAUACGGACGAAAGCGAUCCGGACUGUGUAUUGUUGGAAAGGUGUGUAAAGCUAGCCACGACAUUGGGCGAGCAGCUUAACGCAGCCGGCGGCCAUAACGAAAUCGCUCUGGCUGUGCUGCAGGCAACAACGCACCUGCAUGCUGGCGAUAACCGAAUCUUUCGGCACGACAGUUAUCUGUGCGAAUUGCUGCAAAUGGCACCACUAAACGAGAUGCUUAACAACGGCAUCAAACCGCGGGUUGUUAUGCUGUUGAGCGAUCGGCUUGUGUGUGCCAAACGGCCGAAAAAGACGGACCAAGCAGGAACAAGCAAGCAGAAAACUAAAUAUACGAAGGAUGAGCUGUUUGGUGACAUUAAAUGGGUUGUACCGCUCCAAAAUAUUCAGCUCGUUGACGAAGGUUUAGCUCAUGCAGGGACGUUAUCCACGGUCGCCAAUGGGUUCUUCGAAUGGAUUGCAAAUAUUCGCGUAUUCGGCACAUUCCUGCAUUCGCAAGGCUAUUCCAGACUGAACGCUAGAAAUGAGCAAAUGGAUAACAUGGGGUCCAUUGCAUUGCAAAAGAAAGAUGCUCCUGUUGCCGAGAACUUGUUGCGCAUACAGGUAAAGGACAGUGAAAAGGUUUACGUCCUAAAGCUGGACAAUGCGGAUGCCAAAAAAGAAUGGUGCAAUGCAAUACGGCUGGCCAAGUUAGCAUUGCGGCCGGAAAACUCGCCAGCCUGGUGGAACAGUGCCCUCUACGCCCCGUACGAGCCACUGUUGGUCAAAACGUUUGAUGCGGGUGGCCAGAAUGCUACCGUGACGGCAGGCUGCAGCUACGUGCCAAAUAUCAAUUCACCGGCCUACUCGAACCAGCUGUUUCGCGUUUGGUCUCAAAAGCAGCAUGUGGUGUGGAUUAGCACAAUCGAUAAGCAACACAACAAUAAGAUAACACUGUACACGCACGACCGUACAAGGAAUGUGAUCAAUCUGCGGGCCAGCUUCAGUUUGUCAAAAGUCUUGAUCAAAUGUAUCGCACACGUACCGGAAGGGAUGGUCGGUAACAAUCCCGCCGAUACAGUGUGGAUUGCGACGCCUACGCGUAUAUUGAUAUACUCUGCCACCUUUCCGAUGGUUGCUGAACGACUGGCGAGCGUAGUGUUGCACGGUUCAUCGGAUCUCAUAUUAUACCACGCGAAACAUGUGUUCGUUGCAACGGUCAGCACCUGUCUGUAUAUAUUUUCAAUGCUGGCAAACGGUAUGUGGAACCUGAAGAACCUGCAACAGUUCCAUAUUGGUACCGUUCGAGCGAUGACUGUGGUGAAUGCGUAUGUCUACAUAGCGAGCGAUGCCGACAUUCAUGUUUUUGAUUGCAGCACGGGUAGUUUCGUUCAGAAGAUCGCCUCUAGGCCAACGACCUUCGUUCGUAGCAUUGCGUUCUUGCGGUAUUCCGUGCAUGGGUUAUGGGUUGGUUAUUAUCAGUCCGGAAUCAUUUCGCUGUACCAUGCCGAAUCCUAUAUACAUCUGCUGGAUAUAGACAUUGACAAGCAGAUCGAGCGGUUCCAAUUGGAUAACGCGGAGGAUCGCUUAACCACACUGGUGUCCGUGACUUCCCUGGUGGUGGUGGAUAACAUACUGUGGGUCGGAACUAAUGUUGGAAUACUGCUCUCGUUGCACCUGCCAACAUGCGCUAACGUGCCCAUUGUAAUAGAUGAAAUGCAGGUAGCAUACCAUGGACACUUGCAACACGUUAACGUCAUUAUGCCCCUACCGUCACUGCGUGCAUGCGAGGAGAUUACGGAAAUUUUGUCCCACGUUAAACCCACGACAGUAGAAACGUUGUUCAUGAACACCAGAAAACCGUCGCUAGAUCGGAUUAUCACCAGCAUCCAUCAUCAAGGUUUUUCGAUGCUUUACAAUACGUGUAGUGAGAUAUUCUACGGUGCACUGGACAUAUCCUGUUCGACCGUAGAUGAUCUUACCGUGUCACAGGAGUAUAAUGAUUGUGCAACAAGUUGGAACGAAAGUGAACAGAAAGAUCAACCAGAGGAUCGCACUGCCAGCCAACUGCCGUGGGCUCCCGACUCGACAUUGAUCCUCACUGGGGGUGAAGGUUAUGUGCAGAGGCCAUACAAACCAUCACCAAAUACAUCCUCCCAUGGUUUGAACCGCAGCCAAAGCUUGUCCGAUAUAUCAGAAAAUUUUGAUAAAUGGCAAUCUACCACAAUCGACAAACGUGGAAACUUAAUGCUGUGGGAAAAGCGGUCAAAGGAUUUGGGGCAGAUGAAAUGCGAAAUAUGA